GGUUGAUUGAUUUUUGACUUUGUUUAUAUUCGAGACGAAAGAAUAACAUUGGAAUUCGUAUUGCGUGCUGUAGGAGCUGUUCUAAACUUUUAACAUCGCAUUAUUCUAGGUUUAUAGUAGAUUAGAUUAUAAAGAAGAUGACUUCUGAAGCUGAUCGUUUGGUACAAGAGGGUGAAAAGCAUUUGAAGACUGGUUUCUUUAAAUGGCGACCAGAUUUCGACAGUGCAGCAGACUGUUUUCAAAAAGCUGGACUUGCAUACAAGAAACACAAGAAUUUGGAAAAAGCUGUCUCGGCUUUCCUUAAGGUAGCAGAUUGCUAUUACAAGAAUGGAUCACGUUUUCAUUCAGGUAAGGCUCGUGAAGAAGCGGGUUUGGUAUAUAAAGACAUGAAAGACUUUGAAAAUGCUUUAAAGUGUCUAGACCAUGCAUCUGAGCUUUACUUGGAAGAUGGUACACCUGAUACAGCAGCAAUGUGCUUGGAUAGGGGUGGUAAAAUGGUGGAAAUGACCCACCCAGCAUGGGCGGCUUCUUCUUACUUAAAAGGUGCUGAAAUAUAUGAAAAUGAGGACAAAAGUAGACUUCGAUCUGCUGCUGAACUUGUGGGUAAAGCAGCUCGGAUUCAGGUACGAAUGAAUAAACUUAGUGAAGCUGUAAAAACUAUUGAACAUGAAAAGCAGCUGUAUAGUCAAGUGGAUGGUGGAGAUCAUGGGGCAGGAAGCAGGUUGACCUGCGCUAUGGUGCUCGUACAUUUGCAUAUAGGUGACCAGGUACAUGCGGAACAGAGUGUGUAUGAUGCAUGUGAAAAUAUUGAUGGCUUUAAUGAGAGCGAGGAAUACGAUGCAUUGAUGGGACUCGUGGAAGCUUAUGAUCAGCGGGACCAGGAUGCAGCAUCACGAAUCUUAAAUACUCCACUGUUUAAGUAUAUGGACACUGCUUAUGCAAAGUUAGCUAGAUCAUUAAAAGUUCCCGGUUACGUGCCAGGCAACGCCGUAAAAACAGAGAGUAAUUCUCACAAACCCAGACAUAAUCUGGACGAUAUGACCAAACAAGCGGAUGAAAUGGCUGAUAAAUUUGCAUCUCUGCAAUCUUCUGUACCAAAUCCACACCAAAGUAAUCAAACUCCACAAUCCUCUUCUGCUGUUGAAGAGGAAGAAUUUGAUCUCUGUUAAUUAAACUUAACAGUAUUGUUUUUGAUUUAAAAAGAAAAACAUGGGAUUGUGCAAUUGUGAGAGUUGUAUAUUUGUUAAUGUGUUCCACCAUACCCGUUUUAAUUGAAAAAAGUCUUGGUAAAUAAAAAAUUCUGUGUUUUUUACCAUGCGGUUUACCCAAACAUCAUGACCAAAUAAAGUAAAUGUCUAUAUUGUCAUUUUUGUAGCAAUUUAUGGUGGUGCCUGAAUAAAAGCAUGAUCGACUGCUGUCUACAUGUUAAUAUUUAUCAGAAUUUGUUGCUUUUAUUAUACAAUGUGUCAACUAAUUAUAAAUAUUUUAUUUACUGUGUGCUUUACUGGUACAGUACAAGUAUAAAAAUGUGAAUUAAACAUUACCGUAUGUUUGUAGCAUAUUAAACAUGUUAUGUUGUAAUUGCUUAUACAUUUUCAGA